GGGCGCGCGCGGGAGGUUUGAAGGCGCCGCCAUGGAGCCGCUGAGGCGGGAGGCGGGCAUGGCGGCCGAGAGCGAGGUCGAGGCCGAGGUGGAGGCCAAGGCUGGGGGCUGGCUGGUGAUCCAGCCGCAGGCGAAGCUGGACGUCGUCAUGCUGCUCCGCCUGAGGGACCGGAUGAAGCAGCAGCUCACGGAGCACAGCGCUGCAGUUCGUGCCAUUCAAGAAAAUGGCCUUGAUCACAUAACUGAACAAAAUUUUAUUGACAGUGCCACACAAAAUUUGGAACAAGAUGUGGAGAAAGUAAAAGUCUCUUUCCAGAACAAGGCAUUAGCCUUGCAAAGGAUCCAGCUUACGGUUGCCCUCAGAAACAAAGUGAAGCAAAAUGAUAAUGACUCACGACUGAUACUGGAAACUCUGAAAGACAUAGUAAAGCUCAGCAGUGCAGUACUUCAAUAUCAGAAGCAAGCACAUGAGAAGGAACAGAAAUUGAACAACAUUAAAAUGAAAAGACUCUCAUUAAAAAAAGCCGGAAAACAGAAACUACUGGAAAUUAAUGAAAUGAUGAAAAAGAAGGAGGAACAAGCGAGAAGGAAUGUGAGCACAAUGAUGAAGAUAAAUAAUACCUUUAAAAAAGAGAGAAACAUGACUACAGUAAUUCAAAAUGUAUUCCAGAAUCUGAUAAUUGCGAGCAGAGUCAACUGGGCAGAAGAUCCGUCUUUAAAGGCCAUUGUUCUACAUCUUGAAAAAAAUGUCAAUUUUCUGUGAGUCAGGAGAAACAGUGUUUAAUUUUAUGCAGUGUAUGUAAUCAGUGUACUCAACUUUAUAGAUUAAUAUGUCUCAUUAGAGCACACUUUUAAGAAUUUGAAAAUUUAAUCUUUCUGGAAGUUGUUGUUCUCUCCAGAGACUCGAAACGUGUCCAUGCAACUCUUUGAAGCGAAAUUCAAUUCCUGAUAAUGCAAACAAAAAAUGUCUGAACAGGUAUUGUAGCUGAUUAAGCUACCUGAAGAGCCACUUUCACAGCUGUCCUGUCCCAAGAGCUCAUUUCUCUCUGAAAAGAGAGAAUUGUCUCUAUUUUAAGCUUUUAUGUAAAAAUGAACGUAAAUCAUGGCUCUGCCUUUUCUGCCCCAGUGGAAAGCCCACACUGGGAAACUAGUUAAGUCAGUCUUUGUUUUGCUUUUUUUUUUCUUAUGGAAGCAUUACGUGUGAUUUUAAAAGGCGGAAAAAUUUAUACUCUUAAUUGUGACAGCUGCUUUGCGGCCGUGCCAUGUGCUGAUGAGUUGAGCAGAGCAUCCAGCACUAGAUGCACCCUGUCGACGCUGUUCCCACGUGAACAAUACUCGGGGAAAACGUCGGUAAAAAAAACAAACCAAAAAACCGUAAAAACAGCGGCACGGUUAAUUUAAAUACGCCUUUUUUUUUUUUUUUUCUUUUUUCCCGGCGACGAUCGUGUUUUGACGGGGCGUUCGAAUCGUUGCGUGUGACGCGUCUCGCUUUUAACGCGGUAGGCGACUAUCGGCUUUUA